UCAGCCGAAACAAAAACAGAAAAAGAAAAAUAGAAGAAAGAAGGAGAGAAAGAAAAGAAACCAACCUGGCUGUUCCAUUAGGAAAUCUAUACGUGCUAGAGCCCUAGAAAUUCUAGGGUUCCUUGCAUUUUAUCGAAAAAGUUUUUUGCAUUUGUUAAUUUACUCUGUUCAGGGGGUUCAAUUGUUUGAUUUAUUUCAUUAUUCUCCAGUUUUUUUUUUGUGAUUUUGAAAAGAAAAUUAAAAAAAUAAAAGGGAAAAUGGUGAGGGUUCUGAGGAGCUGCAUUCAAUCGAUAUUGAAGAUGGUCAACUCGUUUAUUGGAAUGGCUGGAAUAGCCAUGAUUCUCUAUUCUGCGUGGAUGAUCAGGAUUUGGCAGAGGGAGAUGGGUGAGCUUCCAUUUGGUUCGGAUUCUAAAUAUCCACCUCCCUGGUUCAUUUACACAUUUCUUUUCCUUGGAGUUGUGUUCUGUAUGAUCACCUGUACUGGUCAUGUUGCUGCUGAAACUGCCAAUGGCUGUUGCUUGUAUAUGUAUAUGGUGUUCAUGGUUAUCCUUAUAAUGCUGGAAGCUUCAUUAGCAGUUGAUGUGUUUUUACACUCAGACUGGGAGAAGGACUUUCCAAUCGACCCCACAGGCAACUUUGACCAGUUCCAGAAAUUCGUAAAAUCAAACUUUGAGAUGUGCAAAUGGGUUGGUCUGUCACUUGUUGCUCUGCAGGGCCUCUCUUUGCUAAUAUCAAUGAUUCUCAAAGGUCUUGGGCCACAUCAAUCCUAUGACAGUGAUGAUGAGUAUGGCCCUGACAGGGUGCCGCUCUUGAAGAAUGCUCCGCCUUAUGCUAAAAAUGAAGCAUGGCUUAGGAUUAAUGACAAGGCAAAUAGGUGAUCUUUUGCUCCGACAUUUUGAGCCAUGGAAAGAAAUAGGGAUGGUCGUUGUUUUAAAAUCGAAGUUGACAUAGUUAAGAAUCUGUCAGCUGGAGACGGAUUAGCAAUUUUACAUGAUAGUGAUGCAAGAUUCUAUCAGAAGAAAAAUUGAUGGCGAUGGGAGGAAACAAGUGCUUGCUGACUCUAGCAUUUGAUAC